AUGACGACAAUAAUAAUAAAUAAUGAUAAUAAUAAUAAUAAUAAAACAAUUAAGGAUAGCGAAAUUAUAUGGUACAAUGAAGUACCAAUUGCUUACGACAGCGAAAUUGUACAAGUUUGGACUUUAUCACUGUUAUCACCGUAUCGAAACUCAACGAAAAGGACAGAAGGUAGCCUAGAAGGUCCUGCCUGUAGAGACGAGCUUAUUUUGGUUCAAAUAGGUCAGAUAAACCCGGAUCUACAGGGUGAACCAUCCAAGAAAAUGAUGGACUUCUUCAAUAGCAGAUCAGCGAUGAAUUGA